GGGCUGAGACUCAAAACAAGCAGAGCUGUCCUUUGAUGUACACGAGAAGAUUUCUAGCCUAGCUAGGCCUACACUAGUUCUGUGACUCUAGGACUAGGAGUCGCGGCUGUCGCUUGGAGUAGGAAUGCGUACGCCUUGAUUUCAUUCACAACUCGACUCUACUCGGGAACAACGAGAUCUGGUUAGACUCGCUUUUUCCCCCAUGUAGGGAUAGACCUACUCUAAAAACCUAGGCUGAACGGACCGCGGGUUACACCAAGGAGUGGUCCAAGACUAGAUGUAACAUUCCCUGUCUUUUACUGUGAGGUUUCCUGCACUGAUGAAAACUUCCUGAUGAUGGAUUUAUAACGUGUUGUAGUGGAAGCUUCGUUUUGAUUUAUGCCACUUUUAAGAACUUUUUGGGGUAUACUUUUGUCGUCUGUGACGAGACUACAGUGAACUCUUUAAAAAUAUUCCGGAACAUUUGUUUUCUUUAUUGAGACUUAGCAAAAGUAAUAUUGUGAAAAAUCCAACCGCUCAAGGACAUAUGAAUAGUACUAUCGAUAACAAAUGAAUCUGUCUUCAACGCCGAGUACCUGAGAUUUGUAAAAUCAAAGAGUCAUAAUUACAGGAAAUCCUACGUUCUUGUGGGUCGCCUAAAAAAUAACCUUUCUGGUUAGCAACGUAAAACCGGUAACAUAUCACAUUAAGCUAUACCUUGACUAAGUCAGGACCAAGACUCUGGCAGUUUUCGCCAUGGAGGUGGACUGCAGUCUCGACGAGUUCGCUCAGGUCUUCGCUGUCAACGGCUACAUCAAUGACGACUCGUGUUUCGGUGACGCCGACUUGCCUUCUAUGCUCAGCGCCCUCGACUCUGCAUCUGUCCUCGACUCCCCCGAGAGUUUCCCGGACAGUCCAUGCAGCGACGAUGAUCUCUCCAGAGUUCUAGAGCUGGCCCAGCUUCCCAGCCCCUCGCUCCUGCAAACAUGUCUGCCAGAUAACUUUACCUCAACAAAAGCCUCACUUCACUGUAAUACCAAUAACAACAAUAGCCAUAUCAGUAAUUUAAUCACAACGAACAACAACAUCAAUAGUAAUGAUAACGGCAGGUGCGGUCUUAUCGGACAUCAACAAGCCAACAUGAUGAGAAUGAUCCCAACGGGACGAAACGUGAGUAAAUCACGAGAUCCUUGUAUCGCUAAUGCCGUUUUGGGUCACACUCUAGACAGUUUGUCCCUCACUCUUAGAAGUGGUAUCGAGAACGCUCACAAAGAACUCAGACUGGAUAAAAGCAUUAUUGAGGACAGUGACCCAUUCAGUAUGUCCAGUAUCUUCGACGCCAAAGACGUUCUAAACAACAACUGUUUUGCUCCCGAUAACCUCACUGUGGGAAAUGGUGGCUCCCGUGUUGAGGACCACCACGGGAUAAACCUGAUCUCCUCCUCCACCUCACACCAUCUACAACGUUCCGACAACGGUGGCUGUGACAUCUUCACGAAUGCUACGUCACCAUUAGAGCAUCACGCGCCCGAGUUUCUGGCUUCCAGCGCAGAUGUCGUCGCCGCGAGCCCAAAUGACGUACAGGGAGGAGAACUGAAACCUGUUGAUCCCCCAAAGCAGAAGCGGAAACGUAAAAGCAAAGGAUACUCAAAACCAGCUAAAUCGCGUCGGAAGAAGCUCAAAACGAGCCCAGAACCGUCACCCUCACCCACCACGAGUAAGAAAUCAACUGAAAGUAAAAGUAAAGCCAAGUCCCAAAAAUCGUGCCAAGCGUCUGCUCCACAUACGCAGCUCAGCCAGAAAACUGGGGUGUUGCGUCUCCCGACGGAAGACAGCGGGUUCGAGUCCGCUGAAAAAGACCCCCAGAGCGACAGCAACAGCAACAGCAGCGCGACCACCAUCACCUGCAGCAACAGCGGUGCAGACGACAAUAAUUACAACACGUCUCCCCGCUCCCUCAGCUCAAGCGGAGGUUCCCCGACAGCUGACCCGGUGUCUACCUCAUCCCCCGAUGGUGAGACUCGAACUCUGCGCCGCUCGACGAGAAGCACAAGAAACACUGAAAACUAUAACCUACGCUUGAGCUCUCUCGUCAAAAGGGUAGAGACGGAGAGACGUCAGCAGGAGCCGAAACAGCCUAAAGGAAAAGUGAAACCUGCACCUUUGAGCAAAUAUCGGAGACGGACGGCCAACGCCAGGGAGAGAGACCGUAUGAAGGAAAUAAACGAGGCAUUUGACAAUCUGAAAGACUCCCUGCCUGACGUGGGGAGGGACGAUGGCAAGAAUAAAAUCACGAAGUUCACAAUUCUCAAGUUGGCCUUGAACUACAUCGCCAAUCUCCGGGAUAUGCUGGGAUAUGGGGACCUGGGCCCAGCUUUUACAGAUGGUGAAGAUGUGGCAAGUCCGGAGACUACCUCGUCAUUCUUGUCCGUGUGCCCAACCAGCGUGACCAGUUUAGCAGGAGAGGACAGCUGUUCAAGCUUGAUCAGUGGUCAAUCAGAGCUUGACCACCAUCAGCCCGUCACGGACCACACGACUGUAAACACUUCCCUGGCGUCACCUUCAACGCUCAUCGCUUCCACUUCAUCGCCACCAUCGUCGUCUUCAUCGACAGCCUCCUCCUCCUCCUCCUCCUCUUCCUCACUGUCGCCGGCUUUGCUUCGCUCGUUGUCUCUCCCCGCAAACAUUGCCGUUAUCAGGGGUGAUCACAAGACAACACUGAUGAACUUUGACCCAUGAUGUGCCGGGUGCGGACCACGACAUUUCCUUCCUGUAAAAAAAAACUCACAUUUUUUCAUCAUUCACAAUUGGACCAACAAAAGAACAGUUUGUCGCUUUUGACUGUUGAGCAGGGGAGCCGGAUUGGAAUCCCCUCAACUUUGAUUCUGAAAUUUGGCUGAUUCUCGAGUUCCGAUUUCUGCCUUCUGCAAAAAAGGACGUUCGCGUUAUUAUGUCCCACUAAAUAGACCGCCUGCAGUGUGUAGUUAGUAAAAACCGUUAAACACCUCCAGAAAUCAGCUGAUGACUUAUAUAGCGGCGUAUGUCCGUGGGAAUUUAUGCAUAGAACACAUUCCUCAUUCCUGUGAAGAACAUUCCUACAAGUGCCAAGAUUCUCCUGUGCGACUGACUGUAUAAUAAAGUUAUGGGGAAAGAACGGCUCGCCUCUGUCACCGUAGGUUCGUUUGUGACGCUGCGCGUGUGGUGUGAGUGAGCAGUGGGCGGAGAUUGGCUGUGAAGCCCGCCCACCGCACGCGCGCACGAGAGAGAGAGAGAGA